AUGAUAUCUGUUGAGCGUCCAUUUGGUAUUUAUCUGUGGUCUAUAUUUUCAAAAAUUUGGAAGAAAUCUAUUGGUUAUCCUGUCGAAAGAUUUGAAUUUGUAGCAGGAAAAACAUAUCUCUCAACAUGGACAGAAGUACUUGGAUUGGUUAUAUCUUAUUAUGUUGUAAUUCUUGUUGGGAAAUGGAUUAUGAGAUUUUUUGCACCAAUAAAAUUAAAUACAAUUUGGCAAAUUCAUAAUUUAUUUUUAAGUAUUAUAUCAGGAUUUUUUUUUCUACUUCUUUUUGAACAAAUGUUUCCUAUCGUGUGGAAUCAUGGGAUAUAUUAUUCGAUUUGCAAUCCUAAAUCCUGGGCACAACCUGUUGUAACUAUUUAUUAUAUCAACUAUUUGAUUAAAUAUAUUGAAUUGAUAGAUACAGUAUUUUUGUUUUUAAACAAAAAGCCUUUGCAAUUUCUUCAUUGUUAUCAUCAUGGUGCUACAGUUUUUCUAUGUUUUACGCAAUUGAUUGGUCAAACUCCAGUGUCAUAUGUUCCAAUCAUUUUAAAUUUAGGUGUUCAUAUAGUUAUGUAUUAUUAUUAUUUUCUUUGUGCUCGUGGUAUUAGAGUAUGGUGGAAGAAAUGGGUGACUCGUAUUCAAAUUAUUCAAUUUAUUUUUGAUCUCCUUUUUGUUUAUUUUGCAACAUAUACAUAUUUUGCAUAUACUUACUUUCCUUUUCUUCCGAACUUUGGAGAUUGUGCUGGAAAAGAAUUCGCUGCUUUAGUUGGUUGCUUUUUAUUGUCAUCUUAUCUUCUUCUGUUUAUUGGUUUUUAUGUAGCAACUUAUAAAUCUAAAGAAGGAAAAGUAAUUAAUAAAAAUUUAAAUAAAAAUAUUCAAAGUCAGAGUCAUAAACUUAACGAUAUUAGUUUUAAAGACUUAAGUAAUAAGGUUGUAAAUUCUACUGGUGUAAAUAGUAUAGGAAUGACAACACGCUCUAGAAGAAUUUAA